AGUUUUCUAAUUCACAGCUGUUUAACAAUAACAUAACCAAACUAAAACAGAAAGACAGAAAAUCGACAGUAAUCAUUAAUAUUAGUGUAAAAAAGUGGGGUUAAUUACUCACUCGAAUUUCAUUAGUAUUCCAAUCGGUUUUGUCUUAUAUUUUAAUAUCAUGUACCAGUUCAAAAAAUUAUUUUUAGUAAAAAUGACUCUCUGUUUAUGGAAUCAGUGUAGGUUAGGAUCAGUAAGUUUUAGCGGUUUUGUGUCAUGUAAACAGAAGACAUGGCUCCUAACAGAGAAACAGCAAAACCAAGUCUCACAUCUAAAAGGUCUUCCAAUUAUUCACCACGAUGGAUAUGUUUGUCAACUACCACCAAAACACAGGUUUCCCAUGCGGAAAUUCGAUAAAGUCUUUAAGAUUUUGGAGAAAGAUGGAAUUAUUUCGAAGGAGAGACAGUUGGUUGAACCUAGUCAGAUCACAGAAGACAUAGCUUGCAAUGUCCAUACCCCAGAGUAUAUUGAUAAAUUCUUCAAUGGAAAGACGAGUGAAGUUGAACAACGCACCACAGGAUUUGUGUGGACAGCAGGAUUAGCCUCGAGAGUCCGUUAUGAAACAGGAGGUACACUGCUAGCUACCCAGUUGUGUCUGGAGAGGGGUCUGGCCUGCUCCACGGCUGGAGGAACUCACCACGCAUUCCCUGAUCGUGGAGCAGGCUUCUGUCUCAUCAACGACUUGGCCAUAGCAGCCCAGCAACUGAUCAACUCACAAGCUGUCAGCCGGGUAUUGAUCGUUGAUCUGGAUGUCCAUCAGGGAGAUGGCACAGCAUUUAUAUUUAGAAAUACAGAAGCAGUCUACACCUUUUCAAUGCACUGUGGUAAAAAUUUUCCAUUUCGGAAACAAAAUAGUGACUUAGAUGUUUCAUUGGAAGUUGGGACAGAUGAUAAAGAAUUUCUCUCUAAUUUACAGGAGCACUUGCCUCAUAUCCUGGACACUUUCCGCCCAGGACUGGUGUUGUACGAUGCAGGUGUUGACCCGCACAUAGAUGAUGAACUGGGAAGAUUAAACCUCACUGAUGCAGGGCUUUUUAAGAGAGACGAGUACGUCCUGGACCAGGUGCUGAAACGAGGCAUUCCUGUUGCGACUGUGAUUGGUGGAGGUUACAGUGAGGACAUUGACCAGCUGGCUCUGCGUCAUACAAUAGUUCAUAGGGCCGCCACCAGAGUGUGGAACAGUAGAGGACUCUAGGUGUGUUAACAUUUAGUAUUUAUUGACAUCUUUUCCACAGACCGAAGUGAUAAAUGGAAGAAUAUAACUAAGCUAGCUGUGUUUUCAAAUAAAAAUAGGUUAUUCUAAAUAUGUAGAUUUCUUCAUAAGCUCCAGUGUUCUUUGUUAUAGUUGGAGUUUACUAGUCUUAUAGUUGACAGAAUAUGCUAUUGUUACAUAAUAAUAACAGUUAAUUAUUAGGAAAUUGCUGUAAAAUAUUGAAUUAUUAUAGUUUUUUACAAAAUAACUUUGUGUAAAUUAAUAAUAAAAUUGUCAAAAACUGUUUAACUCUUUUUGUUGAAUACAAGGCUUUGUUUAUAACAGUAUCUUAUCAAAGAUUUUAAAAUUCAGUAUGUAAUAUUUAUAUUUAUGACAGUAGUUUAAAAACAUCAUCAAAUUAUGUCCGAAAAAAUGAGGAUAAUUGAAUAGCAUUGGUUAUUGAUUUUUUUGCAUGACACACAUUCCAGUUUGUUUCCUGAUUGUCAUAAAUCUUUACAUUUAAGCAUUGCUAUACAUUCGCAGCAUUUACGUGAAUUGUAAUGUUCACCAUAAACUAAAGUAAGACAAUACUAUAUUUUCAUAUAGUGUGAUUAAUGUGAUUCCAAUAGUUAGGUCAUCUCUGUAUACAGCACUUUAAUACCUUAA